GACAGCGGUAAACAUAUGUUUCGAACCGCAUACCAGACUGUUUCUCUGAAAUGGAAUUGGACGAAGUCAGCACAAUUUCAGCGUAUACAAAAUUGCCACAAAAACGGUUCUAUCGUCAGCGAGCGCACUCGAAUCCGAUCGCCGAUCACAGUUUCGAUUAUCCGGUCCAUCCGGAUCAUUAUGAUUGGAGCCAGCACUAUCCGGAUAUGGGUGAACGGCGGGUUGCGUUUGCCGACAUUGGAUGUGGUUACGGUGGCUUUUUGGUAACCCUCGGUGAAAUCUAUCCGGACAAGCUGGCGCUCGGCAUGGAAAUUCGGGUGAAAGUAUCCGACUACGUGAUUGAUCGCAUCCAUGCGCUGCGCAACUUGCAUGAGGGAAAAUAUCGAAACAUUGCCUGCAUUCGAACGAACGCGAUGAAGUAUCUGACGAAUUACUUCCACAAGGGACAGCUGGAGAAAAUGUUCUUCCUCUAUCCGGAUCCGCACUUCAAGAAAGCCAAACACAAGUGGCGGAUCAUCAACUCGGCACUGCUCAGCGAGUACAGCUACGUGCUGCGUGCGGGUGGCCAGAUCUACACGGUGACCGACGUGAAGGAUCUGCACGAGUGGAUGUGUAAACACAUCGAGCAGCACCCGGCGUUCGAGCGGUUGAGCGAGGAUGAGGUGCGGGAGGAUGUUUUGUCGGAGAAGCUGCUGGACAGCAGCGAGGAAGGUAAAAAAGUGACGCGAAAUAAUGGGAGUAAGUUUGUUGCGAUUUUUAGAAAGAAAUGACAACCUGAAUGAAAUUGA